CCGCCGUCCGGCCCAGCUUGGCCCCAGUGAGCCGCGCGCUGCGCUCCGCCGAGGGGCAGGGCGGACGCCUGAGCGAGCGCGGGCCCGGGCCGUCGGCACCGGCGGGGCACAGCGGGCCCGGCCGAGGAGGAGGAGGAAGAGGAAGAGGAGAAGGAGGCGCACGCGGGUCCCCGCGGGUCAGCCAUGGCGCGCCAGUCCCGGGGCCCCCGCACCGCCCCAUAGCGCCGCGGCGUCCGCACGGACCGGGCCGGGCCCUGGGCCCUCAGGAUGGAGCCGCACGUGCUCGGCGCGGUCCUGUACUGGCUGCUGCUGCCCUGCGCGCUCCUGGCGGCCUGCCUGCUCCGCUUCAGCGGACUCUCGCUGGUCUACCUGCUCUUCCUGCUGCUGCUGCCCUGGCUGCCGGGCCCCUCCCAGCGCAGCCUCCGAGGUCACACGGGCCGUCUCCUGCGGGCACUGCUGGGCCUCAGCCUGCUCUUCCUGGCGGCUCAUCUCACCCUCCAGAUCUGCCUGCACACCGUGCCCCACCUGGACCAGCUCCUGGGACCCAGCUGCAGCCGCUGGGAGACACUCUCGAGACACAUAGGGGUCACGAGGCUGGACCUGAAGGAUGUCCCCAAUGCCAUCCGGCUGGUCGCCCCUGACCUGGGCAUCUUCGUGGUCUCCUCCGUCUGCCUCGGCCUCUGUGGGCGCCUCGCAAGGAACGCCCGGCAGAGCCCACGUACUCAAGAGCUGGAUGAUGACGAGAGGGACGUGGAUACCCGCCCCCUGGCCGGGCUGCAGGAAACCCUGACGCUGGCCCCUACGCGGAGGUCACGGCUGGCCGCUCGGUUCCGGGUCACAGCCCACUGGCUGCUAGUGGCUGCUGGGCGGGCCCUGGCCGUAACACUGCUCGCACUGGCAGGUAUCGCCCACCCCUCGGCCCUGUCCAGCGUCUACCUGCUAGUCUUCCUGGCCAUCUGCACCUGGUGGGCCUGCCACUUUCCCAUCAGUGCUCUGGGCUUCAGCAGACUCUGCAUCGCCGUGGGCUGCUUUGGCGCCGGCCAUCUCAUCUGCCUCUAUUGCUACCAGACGCCCUUUGUACAGGCUCUGCUCCCACCUGCCGGCAUCUGGGCCAGGGUGCUGGGUCUCAAGGACUUUGUGGGUCCCACCAACUGCUCCAGCCCACACCAGCUGGUCCUUAACACCAGCCUGGACUGGCCCACAUAUGCCAGCCCCGGGGUCCUGCUGCUGCUGUGCUACGCCACGGCCUCUCUGCGCAAGCUCCGCACACACCACCCCUCCAGCCAGAGGGAGGAGGCGGCCAAGGGGGACGACGCUCGGGAACCGGAGCUGGAGCUGGAGCUGGAGCUGGCAGAGCUGGACCAGUGGCCCCAGGAUGGGGAGGCUGUGCAGGUGAGCAGCCGGGUGGCUGGGGGCACGGGGCCAGCCCCUGCACGGCUCACUGCUGCUCGUCCACAGCACAUGGUGCCCACCACACCUGAUACCGAGGCUGAGAACUGUAUCGUGCACGAGCUGACUGGCCAGAGCCCUGUCCGGCAGCCACCCGUGCGGCCCAAGCGGGCUGAACCUAGGGAGGCAUCCCCUCUGCACAGCCUGGGUCACCUCAUCAUGGACCAGAGCUACGUGUGUGCGCUCAUCGCUAUGAUGGUGUGGAGCAUCACCUACCACAGCUGGCUGACCUUCGUGCUGCUGCUCUGGGCCUGCCUCAUCUGGACGGUGCGCAGCCGCCAUCAGCUGGCCAUGCUGUGCUCGCCCUGCAUCCUGCUGUACGGGAUGACGCUAUGCUGCCUACGCUACGUGUGGGCCAUGGACCUGCGCCCUGAGCUGCCCACCACCCUGGGCCCCGUCAGCCUGCGCCAGCUGGGGCUGGAGCACACCCGCUAUCCCUGCCUUGACCUUGGUGCCAUGUUGCUGUACACACUGACCUUCUGGCUCCUGCUGCGCCAGUUUGUGAAAGAGAAGCUGCUGAAGUCGGCGGAGGCUCUGGCUGUGCUGACCGAGGUCACUGUGGCAGACACGGAGCCCACGCGGACGCAGAUGCUGCUGCACAGCCUGGGGGAGCUGGUGAAGGACGUCUACGCCAAGUACUGGAUCUACGUGUGCGCCGGCAUGUUCAUCGUGGUCAGCUUCGCCGGCCGCCUCGUGGUCUACAAGAUCGUCUACAUGUUCCUCUUCCUGCUCUGCCUCACCCUCUUCCAGGUCUACUACAGCCUGUGGCGGAAGCUCCUCAAGGCCUUCUGGUGGCUCGUGGUGGCCUACACUAUGCUGGUGCUCAUCGCCGUCUACACCUUCCAGUUCCAGGACUUCCCUGCCUACUGGCGCAACCUCACAGGCUUCACCGACCAGCAGCUGGGGGACCUGGGCCUGGAGCAGUUCAGCGUGUCCGAGCUCUUCUCCAGCAUCCUGGUGCCCGGCUUCUUCCUGCUGGCCUGCAUCCUGCAGCUGCAUUACUUCCACCGACCCUUCAUGCAGCUCACCGACAUGGAGCACGUGUCCCAGCCCAGCACGCGCCUCCCACACUGGACUCACAGGCAGGAUGCAGCCAGCGGGACCCCACUGCUGCGGCAGCAGCCACAGGAGGAGGAUGAGGGCCCCAGGGAUGAGGGGCUGGGCAUGGACAUGCCCCACCAGGCCAUGCAGGUGCCUGAAGGCACAGCCAAGUGGGGCCUGGUGGCCGAGCGGCUGCUGGAGCUGGCGGCCGGCUUCUCAGACGUCCUGUCACGCGUGCAAGUGUUCCUGCGGCGGCUGCUGGAGCUGCACGUCUUCAAGCUGGUGGCUCUAUACACUGUCUGGGUGGCCCUGAAGGAGGUGUCGGUGAUGAACCUGCUGCUGGUGGUGCUGUGGGCCUUUGCCCUGCCGUACCCGCGCUUCCGCCCCAUGGCCUCCUGCCUGUCCACCGUGUGGACGUGCGUCAUCAUCGUGUGUAAGAUGUUGUACCAGCUCAAGGUUGUCAACCCCCAGGAUUACUCCAGCAACUGCACCGAGCCCUCCCCCAACAGCACCAACCUGCUGACCACGGAGAUCAGCCAGUCCCUGCUGUACCGGGGGCCCGUGGACCCUGCCAACUGGUUUGGAGUGCGGAAGGGGUUCCCCAACCUGGGUUACAUCCAGAACCACCUGCAGGUCCUGCUCCUGCUGGUGUUCGAGGCGAUCGUGUACCGGCGCCAGGAGUACCACCGCCGGCAGCACCAGCUGGCCCCACUGCCCGCCCAGGCCGUGUUCGCCAGCGGCACCCGCCAGCAGCUGGACCAGGACCUGCUUGGCUGCCUCAAGUACUUCACCAACUUCUUCUUCUACAAAUUCGGGCUGGAGAUCUGCUUCCUGAUGGCCGUGAACGUGAUCGGGCAGCGCAUGAACUUCAUGGUGACCCUGCACGGCUGCUGGCUGGUGGCCAUCCUCACCCGCAGGCGGCGCCAGGCUAUCGCCCGCCUCUGGCCCAACUACUGCCUGUUCCUGGCGCUGUUCCUGCUGUACCAGUACCUGCUGUGCCUGGGCAUGCCCCCGGCCCUGUGCAUCGAUUACCCAUGGCGCUGGAGCCGGGCUGUCCCCAUGAACUCCGCCCUCAUCAAGUGGCUGUACCUGCCUGAUUUCUUCAGGGCCCCCAACUCCACCAACCUCAUCAGUGACUUCCUCCUGCUGCUCUGCGCCUCCCAGCAGUGGCAGGUGUUCUCGGCCGAGCGCACGGAGGAAUGGCAGCGCAUGGCUGGCGUCAACACUGACCAUCUGGAGCCGCUGUGGGGGGAGCCCAACCCUGUGCCCAACUUCGUCCACUGCAGGUCCUACCUCGACAUGCUGAAGGUGGCCGUCUUCCGAUACCUGUUCUGGCUGGUGCUUGUGGUGGUGUUCGUGACGGGAGCCACCCGAAUCAGCAUCUUUGGGCUGGGCUAUCUGCUGGCCUGCUUCUACCUGCUGCUCUUCGGCACCGCCCUGCUACAGAGGGACACACAGGCCCGCCUCGUGCUAUGGGACUGCCUCAUCCUCUACAAUGUCACCGUCAUCAUCUCUAAGAACAUGCUGUCGCUCCUGGCCUGCGUCUUCGUGGAGCAGAUGCAGACGGGAUUCUGCUGGGUCAUCCAGCUCUUCAGCCUCGUGUGCACCGUCAAGGGCUACUAUGACCCCAAAGAGAUGAUGGGCAGAGACCAGGAUUGCCUGCUGCCCGUGGAGGAGGCUGGCAUCAUCUGGGACAGCGUCUGCUUCUUCUUCCUGCUGCUGCAGCGCCGGGUCUUCCUCAGCCACUACUACCUGCAUGUCAGGGCUGACCUCCAGGCCACCGCCCUGCUGGCCUCCAGGGGCUUCGCCCUCUAUAACGCAGCCAACCUCAAGAGCAUCGACUUCCACCGCAGGAUAGAGGAGAGGUCCCUGGCCCAGCUGAAAAGACAAAUGGAGCGCAUCCGUGCUAAGCAGGAGAAGCACAGGCAGGGCCGGGUGGACCGCAGUGGCCCCAAGGACCCCAGCCCGGAGCCAGGGCCCGACAGUCCUGGGGGGUCCUCCCCGCCACGGAGGCAGUGGUGGCGGCCCUGGCUGGACCAUGCCACAGUCAUCCACUCUGGAGACUACUUCCUAUUUGAGUCGGACAGCGAGGAAGAGGAGGAGGCUGCACCUGAAGGUCCCAGGCCUUCCACCCAGAGCGCCUUCCAGAUGGCGUACCAGGCAUGGGUGACCAACGCCCAGACAGUGCUGAGGCGACGGCGGCAGGAGCAGACAGGACAGCUGCCCACAGGAGGUGGACCCAGCCAGGAGGCAGAGCCGGCAGAGGGCCCCGAGGAGGUGGCCGCAGGCCGGAGCCACCUGGUGCAGCGGGUGCUGAGCACGGUGCAGUUUCUGUGGGUGCUGGGGCAGGCACUGGUGGACGGGUUGACGCGCUGGCUGCAGGAGCUCACCCGGCACCACAGCACCAUGAGUGACGUGCUGCGCGCAGAGCGCUACCUCCUCACGCAGGAGCUCCUCCGGGGUGGAGAAGUGGACCGGGGCGUGUUGUUCCAGCUGUACACAAGCCAGGCCGAGGCCACGCUGCCAGGCCCCACUGAGGCCCCCAACGCACCAAGUACAGUGUCCAGUGGGCUGGGGGCAGAGGAGCCUCUUAGUAGCGUGACGGACGACACGGGCAGCCCCCUGAGCACCGGCUACCACACGCGCAGUGGCAGCGAGGAGGUGGUCACCGAUCCCGGGGAGCGUGAGGCUGGUGCCUCCCUGCCCCAGGUGCGGAUGCGGACGGCCAGCGAGCUGCUCCUGGACAGGCGCCUGCGCAUCCCUGAGCUGGAGGAGGCGGAGCUGUUCGCGGAGGGGCAGGGCCGGGCCCUGAGGCUGCUGCGGGCGGUGUACCAGUGUGUGGCCGCCCACUCGGAGCUGCUGUGCUACUUUAUCAUCAUCCUCAACCACAUGGUCACCGCCUCUGCCGGCUCGCUGGUGCUGCCUGUGCUCGUCUUCCUCUGGGCCAUGCUGUCCAUCCCGCGGCCCAGCAAGCGCUUCUGGAUGACCGCCAUCGUCUUCACCGAGGUCGCUGUGGUCGUCAAGUACCUGUUCCAGUUUGGCUUCUUCCCCUGGAACAGCCACGCGGUGCUGCGGCGCUACGAGAACAAGCCCUACUUCCCGCCGCGCAUCCUGGGCCUGGAGAAGACGGACAGCUACAUCAAGUACGACCUGGUGCAGCUCAUGGCCCUCUUCUUCCACCGCUCCCAGCUGUUGUGCUACGGCCUCUGGGACCACGAGGAGGACUCACCAUCCCAGGAGCGAGACAGGAGCAGCGGGAAGGAGCAGGGGGCUGAGGAAGGGCCAGACGUCCUGCUGGGACCCCAGGCCGAGGCAGGCACAGGGCUCCAGGAGGAACCGGCGGUGCCCAGGGCCACUACCGAGGACCAUGUUCAGGUGGAAGAGAGGGUCGGAGCUACAGAUGGGACCCCAGAACCCCAAGUGGAGAUCAGGCCCCAAGACACAAGGCGCAUCAGUCUACGUUUUAGGAGGAGGCAGAAGGAGAGCCCAGCACGGAAAGGACCGGCAGCCAUCGAAGCUGAGGACAGGGAGAAGGAAGAGAAAGAGGCCCCCACUGGGAGAAAGCAGCCAAGCAGCUCCAGACAAAGAGUGCGGGCGGCCGGGCGGCGGCUGCAGGGCUUCUGCCUGUCCCUGGCCCAGGGCAUGUACCGGCCACUGCGGCGCUUCUUCCACGACAUUCUGCACACCAAGUACCGUGCAGCCACCGACGUCUACGCCCUCAUGUUCCUGGCUGAUGUCGUCGACUUCAUCAUCAUCAUUUUUGGCUUCUGGGCCUUUGGGAAGCACUCAGCGGCCACGGACAUCACGUCCUCCCUGUCGGAUGACCAGGUCCCUGAGGCCUUUCUGGUCAUGCUGCUGAUCCAGUUCAGUACCAUGGUGGUCGACCGCGCCCUCUACCUGCGCAAGACUGUGCUGGGCAAGCUGGCAUUCCAGGUGGUGCUGGUGCUGGCCAUCCACCUGUGGAUGUUCUUCAUCCUGCCCGCCGUCACCGAGAGGAUGUUCAGCCAGAACGCGGUGGCGCAGCUGUGGUACUUCGUGAAAUGCAUCUACUUUGCCCUGUCCGCCUACCAGAUCCGCUGUGGCUACCCCACCCGCAUCCUUGGCAACUUCCUCACCAAGAAAUACAAUCACCUCAACCUCUUCCUUUUCCAGGGGUUCCGGCUGGUGCCAUUCCUGGUGGAGCUCCGGGCAGUGAUGGACUGGGUGUGGACAGACACCACACUGUCCCUGUCCAACUGGAUGUGCGUGGAGGACAUCUACGCCAACAUCUUCAUCAUCAAGUGCAGCCGGGAGACAGAAAAGAAAUACCCGCAGCCCAAAGGGCAGAAGAAGAAGAAGAUCGUCAAGUACGGCAUGGGCGGCCUCAUCAUCCUCUUCCUCAUCGCCAUCAUCUGGUUCCCCCUGCUCUUCAUGUCGCUGGUACGCUCGGUGGUGGGCGUGGUGAACCAGCCCAUCGAUGUCACCGUCACCCUCAAGCUGGGCGGCUAUGAGCCACUGUUCACCAUGAGUGCCCAGCAGCCGUCCAUCAUCCCCUUCACACCCCAGGCCUAUGAGGAACUGUCCCGGCAGUUUGACCCCUACCCGCUGGCCAUGCAGUUCAUCAGCCAGUACAGCCCCGAGGACAUAGUCACGGCGCAGAUCGAGGGCAGUUCCGGGGCCCUGUGGCGGAUCAGCCCACCAAGCCGCACCCAGAUGAAGCGGGAACUGUACGAUGGCACGGCCGACAUCACCCUGCGCUUCACCUGGAACUUCCAGAGGUGUGGCCCGGGCUGGGGGCAUGGCCUGGGGGGCUGGACCCACGGCCCUGGGUCAUGCUGUGUUUCUGCCCACAGGGAUCUGGCUAAGGGAGGCACCGUGGAAUACGCCAAUGAGAAGCACAUGCUGGCCCUGGCCCCCAACAGCACUGAGCGGCACCAGCUGGCCAGCCUGCUGGAGGGCACCUCGGACAAGUCUGUGGUCAUCCCCAACCUCUUCCCCAAGUACAUCCGUGCCCCCAACGGGCCCGAAGCCAACCCCGUGAAGCAGCUGCAGCCCAAUGAGGAGGCCGAUUACCUCGGCGUGCGUCUCCAGCUGCGGAGGGAGCGGGGCCCAGGGGCCACUGGCUUCCUCGAGUGGUGGGUCAUUGAGCUGGAGGACUGCCAGGCCGGCUGCAACCUGCUGCCCAUGGUCAUCUUCAGUGACAAGGUCAGCCCACCGAGCCUCGGCUUCCUGGCUGGCUAUGGGAUAAUGGGGCUGUACGUGUCCAUCGUGCUGGUCAUCGGCAAGUUCGUGCGUGGCUUCUUCAGUGAGAUCUCGCACUCCAUCAUGUUUGAGGAGCUGCCCUGCGUGGACCGCAUCCUCAAGCUCUGCCAGGACAUCUUCCUGGUGCGUGAGACCCGGGAGCUGGAGCUGGAGGAGGAGCUGUACGCCAAGCUCAUCUUCCUCUACCGCUCGCCAGAGACCAUGAUCAAGUGGACUCGUGAGAAGGAGUAGGAGCUGCUGCUGGCCCGCACGGCCCCACAGCGGGUGGCACUCCUAGGGCCGGGGGAGCUGCUGCCCCGUCCAUGGCUGCCAGCUGUGACACAUCCUCCCGGCCUGCCUGAGCCCUGAUGCUGCUGUCAGAGGACACUGCGUCCCCAUGGCCUGCGUGGCACUGCUGUCCCCCACGCAUACUGUAGAGUUUUUUAAUUAAAAAGGUUUUAUUUAUACAAAGGGA